UCAACCGUCACAAGAAAUGAAGAAAACGUCAAUUUUCUACCGAAUUAUGUAAAGGGAAGCUGCUAAUAUCAAAGUUUUUCUGAAGCCGUACUAGUUAUAUUUAUUUAAUUUAACCAUGGCUAAAGGCAAAAAAGAUAAUGCCGAAGAUGACUAUUCUGCAAAGUUGGAUCUAUGUUUAACGGAUGCCAUCGUAAAAACAGGCGGUGGUGUAUUGCUGGGAGCACUGACUUCAGUAUUGUUCUUCAAGCGGCGGAGAUGGCCCAUGAUUGCCGGUAUGGGUAUGGGUGUAGGCCUGGCAUAUGCCAAUUGUGAAUAUGAAUUGAAUCCCAAGAAAAAUGCCUCAUAGUCAUAGCAUUUAUAAUAUUCUGGUAAGGAAUAUUAAGUAAAUAAAAUCAUGUGGGAUAAUAAACAAUAUGUGCAACCAGAGCAAAAGCCAGUAGGUGUUUUAUUUAGAAAAUACUGUACCAUUUUGUUGUUAUAAUAAAUAUUUAUUUUAA